AUGCACAAUGGCUACGUGCUGCAUCCCGCAAUCCCCAUCCACCCGGACAUGAAGAUCGCCGAAAUCGGAACUGGAACGGGAAUAUGGCUUUUGGAACUCGCACCACAAUUGCCCUCAAGCAUUCUGUUCGACGGGUUCGACAUCUCCGACAACCUGUUCCCGCAUCAUUCGUUGUUACCCAGCAAUAUAAGAUUCGGCGUCAUGGACUCGUUCGGUGAUGUGCCGGAGGAGCUUGUUGGCAAGUAUGAUGUCGUUCACUUGCGACUGUGGUGCUGCGUUGUUACAGGGAGCGAUCCGAGCAAGUUGAUUCAAGGCGCAAUGAGGCUACUAAAACCCGGCGGCUACCUCCAGUGGGACGAAUCCGAUCCACGAAAGCCUUUCGACAAGGGAGAGCACGCAGAGGCUUUCCUACCCGUUGCGCUGUCGAUUUACGAGAGUUUCAAUCUUGAUUUCUCAUGGAUUCCGGAGUUAGACAAGAACGCAGAGAAGGAAGGCCUGGAUGUUGUCGAGUUUAAGACGGGUUCGUUUCCCACCUCGAUGCUCCCACUCGUGACAAAGACGCAUCUGUCUGCUCAUGCUGAGCUUAUCGCAAGCGCUUAUGGGGCGCAGUCUGCGUCUCUUCCGCCGCGUGAAGAGGCCGAGAAUUGUUUGUACAGGUUGAUUGAUGCUACGAAGACAGGGGCGGUUUAUCACUGGUCUCCGAUCAUGCUUUUGGCGCAGAAGCCUUGGUAA